GUGCAGCGGCGGCGACGUGGAGGCGGGCGGGGACCGUGAGGGGCCGUGAGGGGACCCGGGAGCGGCACGGGCCGAGGCACCCGUCCACCGACACCGCCACCGACCUCGGGCCCAGGGCACGGACGAAAUGAAAAUUUAGGAAAGCAUUUGCCAAAUAAAGAAGAUGGGAGCGAAUAGCAGCAGCAUCAGUGAACUUCCAGAAAAUGAGUACUUACAGAAACUGUCAGGAUCAGAGCCCAUCUCUGAGAACGACCCGUUCUGGAAUCAGCUUCUGUCUUUUAGCUUCACCACUCCAACAAACAGCGCUGAUUUAAAGCUCCUGGAAGAAGCCACAAUCUCAGUCUGCAAGUCUUUAGUUGAGAAGAAUCCUCGAACAGGAAACCUUGGAUCAUUGAUUAAAGUCUUUCUUUCUAGAACCAAAGAGUUAAAAAUUUCAGCAGAAUGUCAGAACCACCUCUUUAUCUGGCAGGCUCACAAUGCACUGUUCAUUAUUUGCUGUUUGCUGAAAGUAUUCAUCAGUCGAAUGUCAGAAGAGGAGCUGCAACUUCAUUUUACUUAUGAAGAGAAAGCAGGACCAAGCUCAUAUGGAACAGAAUGUGAAGACCUCAUAGAGGAGUUGCUGUGUUGCCUCAUCCAGCUUAUUGUUGAAAUUCCCCUCUUGUACCCCUGUCAGCACACAGACAGUAACUGGUGGAAAUGGUUGUGCUCAUGGUACAGGGGAAGGUACAGUGGAGGUGUCACUUCAGCUCUGGGAGAUAUUACAUACAGCAUUUCUUUGGAAGCCGUGACAACUCUCAUUGUGUUCCUCUCCUGCCAAUUAUUCCACAAAGAGAUUCUGCGAGAGAGCAUCAUUCACAGAUACCUGAUGCAUGGUCGAUGUCUCCCAUACACCAGCAGACUUGUGAAAACUUUGCUGUAUAAUUUCAUUAGACAAGAGAGAAGCCCUCCUCCAGGGACCCAUGUCUUUCAGCAGCAAACAGAUGGAGGAGGACUGCUCUAUGGAAUUGCAUCUGGGGUGGCAACUGGCCUGUGGACAGUGUUCACGCUGGGUGGGGUGGGCAGCAAAGCGUCGGCGCAGCUGGAGCAGUGCUCCCCUCUAGCCAGCCAGAGCCUGCUGCUGCUGCUGGUCCUGGCCAACCUGACUGACACUCCAGACACCCCGAACCCCUACAGGCAAGCCAUCAUGUCCUUCAAGAACACCCAAGAUAACACCGCUUUUUCAUCAUCAAAUCCACACGCUUUCCAGAUUAACUUUAACAGUUUAUACACAGCUUUAUGUGAGCAGCAGAAAUCUGAUCAAGCCACUCUUCUCUUGUACAUGCUCCUGCAUCAGAACAGCAACGUGCGGACCUAUGUGUUGGCACGGACAGACAUAGAAAAUCUGGUUCUGCCGAUUCUUGAAAUUCUGUAUCACGUUGAAGAAAGGAAUUCACACCAUGUUUACAUGGCCCUUAUCAUUUUGCUGAUCCUCACAGAGGAUGAUGGCUUCAACCGAUCCAUUCACGAAGUGAUACUGAAAAACAUUACUUGGUAUGCUGAGCGUGUCCUAACAGAGAUCUCACUUGGGAGUCUUCUGAUACUGGUUGUGAUAAGAACCAUCCAGUACAACAUGACACGGACAAGGGACAAAUACCUUCAUACAAAUUGUCUGGCAGCCUUAGCAAAUAUGUCGGCACAGUUCCGCUCGCUUCAUCAGUAUGCUGCUCAGAGGAUCAUCAGUUUAUUUUCUCUGUUGUCUAAAAAACACAACAAAGUGCUGGAGCAAGCCACGCAGUCCUUGAGAGGUUCCCUGGGUUCAAACGACUCUCCACUUCCUGAUUAUCACUUUUGGGAGAUGUCUGAUUGCCUUCACUUCCCUGAAACAAAGUUGAGACACGCUCAAGACCUGAAUGUGAUUGAGGAAGUGAUUCGAAUGAUGCUGGAGAUCAUCAACUCCUGCCUGACCAACUCCCUCCAUCACAACCCCAACCUGGUGUACGCUCUGCUCUACAAGCGCGAUCUGUUCGAGCAGUUUCGGACUCACCCCUCUUUCCAGGACAUCAUGCAAAAUAUAGACCUGGUGAUCAGCUUUUUCAGCUCCCGAUUAGAGCAAGCUGGAGCUGAGCUGUCAGUAGAGCGAGUUCUGGAAAUCAUCAAGCAAGGAGCUGUUGCUUUGCCCAAAGACAGGCUAAGAAAGUUCCCCGAGCUGAAGUUUAAGUACGUGGAGGAGGAGCAGCCUGAGGAGUUCUUCAUCCCCUACGUGUGGUCCCUGGUGUACAACUCUGCCGUGGCCCUGUACUGGAACCCCCGUGACAUCCAGCUCUUCACCAUGGACUCGGGCUGAGGGACACCCGGGCCAGCCCAGCCCCGCUCCAUCUGACAGGAAUUGAACCUCUGCACCCCUUCCAACCUGACCCCCUCCAACUGCCCCCUACGACCCCAGAGCCAGUGUCCAGCCCAGCCUCACGCUGGGACAGACUGGUGUGGGGCACUGAUGGCUUGUAGGCAACCUUGUGUUUAUAGUCUGUAACCUAGAGCUUGUUUGAUGAAAAUGAGGCCUUACACAUGGGGUGUGAUGUUACUACCAAACACAAACCUGAACGUCCUUUUAACUUAACAGGCUAAAUGAGAUUGCAGGCUUUGAUUUGGAAGCAGUGUUUGUAUUUUUGGCUCUUUUGAAUGGGCAGCUUCCUUGGGUCAAGCUUUUUAUGGUCUCUUGGAUGCUGCUGUGGGGUGCUCGUUACCUGUCCUUGUUUCCACUCACAGCCCUUCCUUUCCGUGGCACUGUCAAGGCUGCAGCCCUUAAAUUGCUGUCUACGCUGUCAUCCGAGGGAACUAAGCAGCAUCUUAAUCAGGUUAGCUCCCAGGCAGAUUCAAAACACUUGAUUUAGAUGUUUGUGGGAGGAUUUUCAAUAGCAAGUCUUCUGUUGUUGUUGUUGUUUGACUGACAAAUACUCUCCAGAGGGCAAGAAACACCUGCUUUCGGAGUCAAGUCCCUUACAGACUUGUUUUUCUGUGCUCCUGUGCAAAAUUGUUCCUGGAAAUUGAACGUGUAAGGGGGGAAAAAGUCCAAAGAAAAUAAUUACAAGAUUGUAAAAUAGACCAGUGUCCUGUAAAUCUGUGCGUAAUGGUGACAGUGUGUUUUGGGGAUCCUUGACAAAACUCUGUGUUGAAAACCUCCUCUUGGCUUUUAAAGUUUUAUGGCAGAAGUAUAAAUUUAUCUGAAUGUAGAAUACUACUCUCUUUUCUGUUUGUUUUCAAGUGCCCUUUCCUGAUACACCUGUUUCAGCAGUGGGAAAAGCAAAAGAAGUGGUGUGAUUUUGAAAGAAAUCGCAUUUUUCAAAGUGGGGAUCAUAUUUUGGGGAUGCCUGUUGCACACAUGUGCACCCACUCUCCUCGUCCCACGUGCUGCUGUGUGGGGGACUGUCAGCAGUGCAUUGCAUGCCAAAACUUCAAUUUCAAUGAAUUAGUUCUUGAAGAUGCGUGGCAACCCUCUGUCUUCACUGCCUGCUCCAGCAUGUUCCGUUUGUUGACCUGAGGAAUCGGGUGCAUUUGCUUUCAGAAAGUCCUUUGAAUGGCUUUAAAUAGAAUUUCUUGCACCGUUUCAUCCCUCUGAAGGAUGUGCUAAGAUUGUACUUUCCUUUUAUCUGCUUAUUUAGAGACAGAAGUCCAUUUGAGUCCUACACAAAUGGAAAUGCUGGCUUAUU